AUGUUUUGUGAUCGACCAAAUCCUAUUCCUAAAGAUGCACGAUUGCAUGCAAAAUCUACUAUUUUAUUUUCUUCUUCUGCAGUUAGAGUAGUUGGAUGUCCGGGUUUGGCUCCAAUUUCGGUUACUCCAGAUAGUCGAACUUGCAAUGAACUUCUUGGAACGCCAAAAGUUUUACAAGCAGCUCUCUGUGAAAAUCCAUUUCUUACAGCUUCAACUGCUGAUAUCAUAGAUGCAUUAUUCCAUAGACAGUGUUUUCCAAAUGGUAUAUUUAGAGAUGUUGUAAUUAAGUAUCCUGGUUCAUGCCAUGAUUCAUUUAUAUUUGCAAAUUCUACUCUCAAGCAGACGCAAGAGUUAGAUCCAACUGCAGGCUUUCUUUUUGGUGACUCUGGAUAUGGCUUGUCAUCUGUCAUUAUAACUCCAUAUAGUGUGCCAGCAACACCAGAUGAAAUUUAUUUUAAUCGAGUUCAGCGAAAACCACGCAGUGAAGUGAAGCGAUGCAUCGGGCGUAUUAAGAACCGUUGGAGGUGCUUACUUAAAAGUGGUGGAGCACUACAAUAUACUCCAACAAUGUGCUGCAGUAUCAUUUUAACCUGUGUUUUACUAGAAAAUAUGUGUUAUUCAAUUGGCUUAGAGGAUCCGGAUGAGUUUGAUAUCGAUGAUGAUGAUAAUAAUGAAGAUGAUGAUUAUCCUGACAGACGACUAACCAAUCAAACCCGACUUGGUAUGAAAAGAAGAGUCCUUGUAAAAAACUAUUUAUUUGCUAAUCCUAAACUUUAA